CUGUUCAACCAAAGUGUGUAUUCCGCCGAGGUAACCACUCAGCUCCGGCAGGUAUGCGAGAAAACGUACGGUAAGCACUCCAAGGGGGCAUUCAGGGAAGGAACGGAAGACGAGUGGAGAAUUGUUCAAGGAUUAGUUGAGGGCACGGUUAUCUGCCGUCGAUUGCCGCAGUUCUUCAACCGCAUCAUGCGAACAGAAGACAAGUUGAGAAUUAUCGGUACAGUGUGA